CUCGUGUUACUCAUUUAGAAUUUAAAACGUUGUUAUACAGGUGGGGGAGAGAAGUCUUGAUGAAACCAGUUAUAUUUAGAACAGAGAUAAACGGGAGCUAAAUCAACCCUUUUUUCGUGAUGUCUACAAUGGGUGCUGCUGGAGAUGCAUAUGUUCAGAUGCGUAUCUGAACAUAUGUUCUGGAGACUACAAUGUGUAUGUGAUUCCUCAACCUCCGGAAUCCCACUCUUUGGAGCCUCUUUGGAAGCUGAGAUACCCAAGGGGCCACACCAUUUCUCUCCCAGCUAGGCAGCUACCACACGUUUCUCUCCCAGCUGCCUUUGUAGUCUGCUCUUCUUGGAGAAGGGCGCCUCCUCUGCUCCAUCCAUAGCUCCAUAGCUCACUCCUCCUCAGUAUUGCUGAAGACCACAAACUCCCGGCUCAUAUGGAAGCGUCAGACGAUGAAAGGCCCCUUUUGAUUCAUUACCAGCCUCCACAGGAUGCAGGCUCACAAUGUACAUGUGAUGGAACAGUAGAUAUUGAUGAUCAGCCUGCUACUAAGAAGAGCACAGGAAAUUGGAGAGCAUGCUUCUUCAUUUUAGGUGCUGAAGUCAGUGAAGGCAUCUGCUUCUUUGGGGUCCAAAAGAACCUAGUCACCUUCCUCACGAGUGUACUCCAUGAAAGCAAUGUUGAUGCUGCCAGGAGCGUGUCUACUUGGACCGGCACUUGCUUCUUCACACCACUCAUUGGAGCCUUCUUGGCUGACACAUACUUGGGAAGAUACUUGACAGUCGUAACCUUCCUCUCGGUUUAUGUUGUUGGAUUGCUCGUUAUGACAUUCUCGGCAUCGCUCCCACUGCUCAUGCCUUCUUCCUACAGCAUCGACAUUCAACAUGUUGUGGUCUAUCUAGGGCUCUACCUUGUGGCACUAGGGACUGGUGGCAUAAAGCCCUGCGCUUCGUCCUUUGGGGCAGACCAGUUCGACAGCGCCGACCCAGUGGAGCAAGUGGCAAAAGGCUCAUUCUUCAACUGGUACUACUUCCUGAUCAACAUUGGCUCUGUGCUGUCGGCAACUCUGCUUGUCUGGGUGCAGGACAACAUAGGGUGGGGGGUUGGAUUUGGGAUCCUGAUGGUGUUGAUGGUAUUCGGCCUCACGGUGUUUGUCACUGGUAAGAAGAUUUACAGAUAUAAGAAAUUGGGAGCAAGUCCUCUGAAAAGAGUCUCCCAGGUGGUUGUUGCAGCUCUGAGGAAUUACCGUCUUAAGUUGCCUGAUGAUAUCUCAGCCCUGCAUGGGGUGCCAUCACUAGCUGGAGCAAAUUGCAAGACUGAGCAUACCAACCAAUUCAGGUUCUUUGACAAAGCUGCUAUUGUUCUGCCACCAUUGGACGGGAAAGGCUCAUCCGUGAUGAGCCCGUGGAGGCUCUGCACCGUGUCUCAGGUGGAGGAGCUGAAAACGCUGCUGCGGCUGUGCCCCGUCUGGGCGUCGCUGCUAUUCUUCUUCGCGGUCACGGGGCAGAUGACCUCGACGCUGAUCGAGCAGGGCAUGGCCAUGGACAACCGCGUCGGCGGGUUCACCGUCCCGCCGGCGUCGCUCUCCACCUUCGACAUCAUCACCGUCGUGGCCCUGAUCCCGCUCUACGACGUCUUCCUGGUGCCGCUCGCGCGGCGCGCCACGGGCAAGAACAGGGGCAUCUCGCAGCUGCAGCGGAUUGGCACCGGCCUCGCGCUGUCCGCGGCCGCCAUGGCGUACUCGGCGCUGGUGGAGACGAGGCGGCUCGCGGCGGCGGCCGGAGCCGACCAGAGCGCGGCGGCGGUGGCGGCGCCGCUGAGCAUCAUGUGGCAGGCGCCGUCCUACAUCGUGCUGGGCGCCGCCGAGGUGUUCGCCAGCAUCGGCGCGCUGGAGUUCUUCUACGACGAGUCCCCCGAGUCCAUGAAGAGCCUGGGCGCGGCGCUCGCGCAGCUCGCCAUCGCGGGUGGGAGCUAUCUUAAUUCGGCGCUGCUCGGCGUCGUCGCGUCGGCAACCGCGCGUGGCGGCGCGCCUGGGUGGAUCCCGGAUGACCUAAACCAAGGGCAUCUCGACUAUUUCUUCUGGAUGAUGGCUGGUCUUAGCGUGCUGAACUUGCUGCACUUUAUGUACUGCUCCAUGAGAUACAAAGGCUAGUUUAUGCUUAUAUUGUCUAUGAUUUUUGGCUUAAAAUGUGUAUAUGUAACAGCUUGUCAUUCUUCAGUGAGGAUACCUAAAAUCCUUCUCUGUUCUAAAUUUGACUCUUGAUAAGUCCAUGUUGGAUAUUUA